AUGAAGUUCACUACCGCCGUCCUCGCCUCCUCUCUUCCCGUCCUGGCCGCCUCCCACCCGACCGCCCGCGACCCGCACCAGUUCCUCGAGCUCAACCUGCCGCUGCCGCACAACUACGUCGCCAACGACGUCUUUGCCGGGCAGGAGCUCAGCAACCGCCUUGCGCGCGCCGACGGCGACGCCUACACCGAGGCUACGUGGACCGAGCACGCCAAGACGCUGUGCUACGACGCGCCCAGCUGCACCACCGUCAACUCGUACCUCUUUGGUCCCUCGGGAGCCUUGAACGGUACCGGUGAGGAGACAUACUGGUUCGCGUACCUUUAUGCUGGCCCGACGUCCAACAUCAACGACUGGGUGCACCUGGAUGGCGCUCCCAUCACUCACCAGCGCAUAUUUACCUCCAUUGUGAACUAG